CCCUUUCUACUGCGGAAAGCUUGUAUUUACUAAGUAAAGGAAACAAAACAAAUACGAGUCUAGAAUGAAAAAAUUAUCUAUAAAAAUAAUGUAUUUUAUUAAAAUGGGAGUUGGUUGACAGCCUAGGUGUAUUUCAAUACUGUAUUUUAAUACAAAGGACAUGGAUAACAUCAGAAAGAAUAUACUGGCAUUAGGCCUUGUGAUUUUGGUGGUAGAAUAUACGUUUGUUAUUUGUGAUGGAAUACGCUGGACAAAAUACCAUUACAAUGGCAAUACUGGACAUAAACACGUCGAACCGAGAGAAAAAGUCUUUACUGCUGAAGUAAAGGACCCUGUUGCAUGCGCCAAGCUAUGUCACACAAACGGUGUUUGCAAAAGUUUUUCCUUUCAAGCAGAAACUAACAAGUGUUCAGGAUGCAAAGGAACACUCCAUUGUGAUGCAGUAGCCACCGACAACCCACAGGACUCUGCAACAUCAGCGUUCUUUUCAACUGUCAAGGAGCACAGUGGACCAUCAUCUGUGCGUUUAGCUGGUGGACAUAUUGAGUACGAGGGAAGGCUAGAAGUAUUUCAAAAUGGACAGUGGGGAGCUGUCUGCAAUGACAGUUUUGGCAAGAAAGAAGCAAUGGUUGCUUGCAAAAUGCUAAACUUACAAUGGGACUUUGCGAAAACGUAUCCUAGUGCUCAUUUUAAUGAGAGUACACUACCAAUCCUUCUUGGUGAUGUUUCAUGUUCCGGUUCGGAGAACAGCCUUUUCGAGUGUUUGCAUCGUGUGUGGGGCGAAGUUGAUUGUAGACAUGGCGAGAAUGUUGGAAUAUCUUGUUCACCAGUUUCUUCCGUACGUUUCGGACAAAGAUCCUUCAAUUGGUCUGGAGCACUAGAGGUGUUACAUAAUAAACACUGGGCCCCAGUGUGCGCCGACAAUGUUGACACAGAAAAAGCAAUGGUUGUUUGCAACAUGCUCAACUUGACUUGGGUAGGUGUGAGAACAUUUGAUUCCCCAGCCGAUUCAAAGGAUACAGCAACAAUACGAAUGGAUGAUUUUACAUGCACUGGGUCGGAGAGAAGCCUAUCUGAAUGUCCUCACUAUUCUGUGGGCGAAAGCGAUUGUAGUCUUGGUUUUACUGUCAUCAUAACAUGUGCACCAAUCUUUCAUAUACGUCUCGCCGAUGCAGAGAGUUUACGCAAAGGACGUGUUCAGGUAUCUUAUGAUGGGAAAAUGUGGUACUCAAUGUGUGGGUAUGGCUUUGACAAAAAUGCUGCUGAAGUUUCGUGCAGAAUGUUAGGAUACGAAACAUCGAGUCCAUACUUUGAUGCCGUUGACGACUAUGAUGGUGAGGCGUUCUUCGCCAGCAUUAUAUGUAAGGGGUCAGAGGAUUCCUUGCUGCUCUGUACUUUUCAUCAUAUGGACCACUGUGAUAAUAGAAAAGUCUUUACAGUUGAAUGUCCAUGAACAAGUUGCCACUUGUUGAAAUUCAAUUUAACUUUUCUAGGAAUAAAACUGACAGAACAUUUUUCAAUGUGAUGUUUUGCUAUUCUUAUUGUCGCAUUUGAUUGAUUGCAAUACUGUACAAUCAGACGAUAUUAAAGUCGAGUCUUUAUGUGAAAUAAUUAUGAUUUUUAAUCGAUUUAAUACGAGAAGAGAGUCAUUGACGGACUAAAGCUGAUUUAGAUAUAUAGAUUUUUUUAUUCUAAGACAAUAAUAAUAAUUAAAUAUACUUACAGUACAGUUUUUUUUUCUCCGGUUUAUUAAGUGAAACUAUUUCUAAAUCUGAAAAUAAUACAUGAUUUAUCAGUAGGACACGAACAAGAAGCGACAUUUUCUAGCUGAUUGCUUUUUAACAGUUUUUCCGUUCCUUUUAUAACUAUUUUUUGGAUGUAAAUUGAGAUUUUUGUGAGCAUAUGUGUUCUAAAAUAGCAUGUUAUCUUACCUAUAUUAACUUAUUAUAUUAUUAUCUUAUAGCUGUCAUGAACAAAAAUUGAAAUGUAUCAUUUCUGGUUAGAGGAUUGCAUGUUUUCCACAGUCUACUGUUCGAUCCACUUUUUCUAUAGCAGGGUUCUAUCAUGAUUGCUUUUAAAUAUAUUGUAAAAUUUUGAGAAGGUAUUUUUUCUAAAUUUUUCCCAGUCCAGACUUUGUUUUACACAAGGACAGUCCUUUUUUAAUUAUUUAAUACUGCCAUUAUGGAAAACAUUUUAACAUUCAUAACAAUUCUUCUACCACCCUUGAGACAUUCAGGCUAAUGUUUAACUGGAUCUUGCAAACUGAAGCAGCAACUCACAAUACACGUUACCAAAUAGGUGGAAGAAACAGUAGAUGACUUACCCUGGAAAUGCCCGCCCGCUUAGCUCAAUAGGGAGAGCGCAGAUCUACGGAUCGCGGGGUCGCGUCCAAGCCCUAGGCGAGGCGUAUGUUCUCCGUGGCGAUUUGAUAAAAGACAUUGUGUUUCAAAUCAUUCGUCGCUGAUUCAUGUGGAUAAGUUGGCAGUUACUUGUGGAGAACAGGUUUGUACUGUUAAAGAAUCCAAGAACACCGGUUAGGUAAACUGCCCGCAGUUACAUAACUGAAAUACUAUUGAAAAACGGCCUUAAUCCCAAAACAAACAAAUUAUCCCGGAAAUACGUAUUUCUCUUCUUAUUUUCAUUUGUUACUUUUAAGUUUGAAAUAUCUAUUUCUAUAUCUGUACUUCCGUUUGUAGUAUGCGAAAUGAAUGUUUGUGUUUUUUUUGGACUACAUACUUUUAAUCACAUUUUUUAGAUUUAUCGCGUAUUACAACAAAGACUGCAGAUAAGCCAUAAAAGCACACUACCUGUUUCCUUGGUAAUACAUAGGAUAUCAGUUAUGUAAUAUUUUACGCUAACUGGUGAAAUACUGAAAAAUAUAAGUGAGAUAUUUCUCUAUAUCUAUCACAGUGCCGAACUUCUUUUUUUUUUUUUUCAGAUAAAAUUAUUUCCCUUGAAAUAUAUUCUAUAAUAAACUCCCUUUGUUGCCUUUAUCAUGGCUGGUAUCUUAUUAUUAUCAUAACAUUCAAGCCAUACAGGAGACAUGUACAGCUAGAUAAUCCUACAUAGGACAAGCUAGCUAUAAUAAACUUUGCAAAAGAAAUAACAGUAGAUCUAAUGCUCUAGAAAUGUUACCUUGGUUGUUUGGCCUUGUCGUUAAUGUAGCUAUAAAUUCGUCUUUCCUCCACUUUUCAUCGGUUCCUCAGUAUCGUAUGGUAGAUUUUACUGGCGACAGCACAUUUAGUUGGUUGUUGUCUAAGUUUAUUAUUACAAGACAUCAACUCAGCCUUACGUAAUAUGCCAGCAUUUUCGCCGAUAUUCUUCCCCACCCAGCCAGGCAGUUGUGUUCCAAAUUCCAUCCCUAUUCGUUAUGCUAUACAGCUCCUAGACCAAUAUUACCAUUAAAUCCAUGAUGAUAUUUAAUUCUGCAGCUUGAUUUUCCAAGGACUUUCGGAUAUUCCCUAGUUGUUUACGUUUUUCGGGUUGUUUUUUAAUCUGACCUUUAGCGUUUGUAAACAAAGCAAGCUUCCGGUUAUUCAACGAACUGAUGGCAUUGACCGAAAAGUUUAAAAUAUGCUUACAUAACUACUUCUGUUCGUCGCGGAUUGUGCAUUUUUUAACAAAAUAUUUUAAAUGUAGAUUUAGUUUUCAAAAACAAGAUGGCGUCGUGUUGGUUUUACGGACCUAAUCACCAAUAUUCGAUAUUAAUGUGCCUGAGUGUCCAUGGUAAUUCAGCGGAUGCAUCAUAUAAAACACGGCAGCCUAAAUAAAUCCUUUUAUCAUCAUGAAGUAUUGGUCUUAUUUGAACAUGUUAAAAGCAUAUAAUAAACAGAAAAUUCGUUGAUCUUCACCAGUUAGCAUAAAAUGAAAAGAAAAUUUGUUUGUUUGCAGUGUGUUAUCGAAAUAUAUCUUCACCGAAAAGGGAGACAAUUCUGAUAUUUUUAUUCAGGCUCUGGCUUCAUGAAUAUAUUCAAUUGUCUCCCUUAUCGAUGAGGAUAUGAUUCGAUGUCACACUGCAAACAAACAAAUAUCCUCUACAGAAUAAACAUUUUAACAUAACGUUACUUUGAUAUUAACUGGAGCAUUCAGAAAAGCGAAAUUUUUAAAGAAGUUAGACAUUACAGAUGAUGCACUGCAAAGAACUACUUGUAAAAUAAUUGUUUUCUAUUUACUAACUCUGUGCUGGAAAUACUCUUUUAAGUUGUUUGAAAAUCAUUGUUUAAAUGAUUUGUUACAGCAGUUGUUAUAAUCAGAUAGGAAAGUAAGGCAUAAUACCAUUUUACAGUCUGUAGUAGUAAAUCUGAGGUGACCAAUUAGAAAUCUUGCUAUGUGUAUACGUAUGAUAGAAAUAAAGUGUGAAUGAAUA